AUGAUUCCGACUGUGGUUGUACUACAGCUGGCUUUGUGGACGUUCUCCGCAUCGGCCUUUUAUCCUUACACGCCAUUAUGGCUCAAGGAGAAAGAGGACCUUAACCUACUUGGGGAAGCCAAAAGAAAUGCAGUAGUAGAGGCUGAAGAUGAGUUGACGUUUAAAAUCGAGAAGAAAGCACAACAGAACAAUGAGUCCCCUGGCCGAUUGGCAGCGAAGCAAGCUGUCUGGUUGAAGGAGAAAUAUAAGCACACUCGCACAGGAGCGUCUGUCGACAAGUCUGUGGAACGAAGAGCAAAUUCGUACAAAAUUAUGGAAGCCUCUCAACCAAGUCAAUCCAUGGCUGCUGGAAUCGACCAGGACGGAACCGACUACUCAUACUUUCUGAAAGCAGGCCUGGGGUCUAAAGGCAAGCAGCUGUACAUGCUGAUCGAUACUGGCGCUGGGUCCAGCUGGGUUAUGGGCUCCGGUUGUGCCGACUCGCCUUGCUCGAUGCACACGACUUUUGGCAAAGACGACUCUAGCACACUAUCUGACGGCGGCAAAACCUUUUCCAUCUCAUACGGAUCUGGAACCGUUCAAGGCACCCUGGUUACCGACACAAUAAGCGUUGCAGGCAUCAGUUUACAGUAUACGUUUGGCCAGGCCUCGAAGACCUCGGACGAUUUUGCUCAUUUCGCUUUUGACGGCAUUUUGGGCAUGUCCAUGAGCCAAGGUUCUAGCGAUAAUUUCUUGAAAACCUUGGCGGAUUCUAAGAAGCUUGACAAAAACUUGUUUGGAAUACACCUGAACCGGGCCGCAGAUGGGUCAAACGAUGGCGAGAUCAAGUUUGGAUCCGCAAAUUCCGACAAGUAUACUGGGGACAUUAGCUACACGUCCGUUGGGUCAAAGGAUGGAGAUUGGGCCAUCCAAAUCGAUGACAUGACAUACGACGGCAAGAAGGCUGGCUCAGGAGGCGUCCUUGCUUACAUCGACACUGGUACUUCAUUCAUCUUCGGACCUCCCGAUCAAACGAAAAAGAUUCACAAUGUCAUCCCCGGAUCUGAAACCUCUGAUGGAAAGACGUUCACUGUUCCUUGCGACAGUAACAAGUCUUUGACUUUCACGUUUUCCGGGGUUGACUACAAAUUGUCUCCCAAGGAUUGGAUCGCACCAAAGGACAGCUCUGGCAAAUGUACCAGCAACAUUUACGGCCACGAGGUUGUCAAAGGGUCUUGGCUCCUGGGCGAUACGUUCCUCAAAAAUGUAUACACAGUAUUUGACAGAGAUGAGAAGCGAAUUGGUUUUGCCGUUGCGGCCGGCUCUCAAGGCGGAUCGAGCUCCAGCUCGAGCUCCAACUCUCCCAGUGGCAGCAGUUCGCCAACUGAGACAACUGUAGGUCCUACUACUGGCACUGCAACAACACUGACUACCGGUGUGACAACUCAGCCUGACGCAUCCACACAGUCAAAACGGCCACCUCUUGGUCUAAGCGGUCAUGAAACGGGCACCACAGGAUCUGGUAGUGCUGCCACUAAACCGACGGAGACUCCAAAGUCUGCAGCAUCAGACGUUAGCCCACAACAGGACGCCAAACUAGCUGUCAUCGUGUUCUUCGCGGGUUUGAUUGCCCUGGUUGCUUGA